CGGGGGCGGGCGGCAGCGCCCUGCCCCUCCUCGGCUUGUUGCGGAGAGGCUGGGAAGGGUCGUGGUACAGCCGAGCUGUCUCCGUCUUUCCGAGCGUGGAGGAUAUACGAAAGGAAACACCUCGGCAGACCUCGCUGCAGGCAGAGACUCUACAAGUGAAUGAGAACUUCUGUCUACGGAACUGAGGUGAAGACUUUACCAUGGGUCAACAAAUUUCAAACCACACGCAAACUGUAAUUAACAAGUUGCCAGAAAAAGUAGCAAAGCAUGCCUCUUUGGUUCAAGAAAGUGGUUUCCUAACGUAUGAAGAGUUUCUGGGAAGAGUAGCUGAACUUAAUGAUGUUACUGCAAAAUUGGCUUCUGGACAAGACAAACAUCUGUUGUUUGAAGUGCAGCCUGGUUCUGAUUCUUCUGCUUUCUGGAAGGUGAUCGUUCGGAUAAUAUGUACUAAAAUAAAUAAAACAAGCGGCAUCGUGGAAGCUUCCAGAAUCUUGAACUUGUAUCAGUUCAUUCAACUUUAUAAAGACAUCACCAGUCAAGCAGCAGGAGUUCUUGCACAGAGUGGUACUUCUGAAGAAGCUGAUGAGACUUUGAUGUCUGUGUCAUCUUGUCAGGCCAGCUUGUGGAUGGGAAGGGUUAAACAGUUGACAGAUGAAGAGGAAUGUUGUAUCUGCAUGGAUGGGCGUGCUGAUUUAAUCCUGCCAUGUGCUCACAGUUUCUGCCAGAAAUGCAUUGAUAAAUGGAGUGAUCGUCACAGAAGCUGCCCUGUCUGCCGUCGGCAAGUGACUGGGGCAAGUGAUUCCUGGGUGGUCUCAGAUGCACCUACAGAAGAUGAUGUUGCUACUUACAUACUUAACAUGGUAGAUGAGGUGGGCCAACCUCACAGACCCUGACACUGGCCAACAAGCUGAUAAUAGCAGCAGCACUUGAAGCUUUCGUUUUCCCAGACGUCUGUUUUUACCUCUCGUUGUCGUUCAUCCACAGUCUUGUCUUUUACUUCUCUUCUUGGCUGCUGUGAAUCUACGCUGCUCUUAUAAAACACGGGGUAUAUGAGA